GGAUCAAAGAAAAUGAAAGAAUCGCCAUCUCCGUCGUUGUUGUUGAUGGAUAGUCUUCUGGGUUUGCUCAGAAUUCGCGUCAAACGCGGAGUCAACCUCGCCGUUCGUGAUGUACGUAGCAGCGAUCCAUAUGUCGUCGUCAAGAUGGGCAGACAGAUACUGAAGACUCGUGUGAUAAAGAAGGAUGUUAAUCCAGAGUGGAAUGAGGAUUUAACUCUUUCUGUUACAGAUUCUAAUCUUCCAGUCAAGCUGACUGUGUAUGAUCAUGACACAUUUAGCAAAGAUGACAACAUGGGAGAUGCAGAGAUUAGUAUCAAAGCAUUCAUAGAGGCCUUAAGGAUGAAUGUGGGAGGCCUUCCAAAUGGCACCAUAAUCACAAGAGAACAACCUACCAGGCAAAAUUGCUUGGCUGAAGAAACCUGCAUCUCUUAUAAUGAUGGUAAGGUGAUUCAAAAUAUGUUCCUCAGAUUAAGAAAUGUGGAAUGUGGUGAAUUGGAAAUCCAACUCCAAUGGAUUGACCUUCCUGGUUCCAAGGGUUUGUAAAAAGCGAAUUUUUCUUGUCUAAAUCCGGUCCAUCAUGGACUCAAGAUGUAUAUCUAUUAAAUACAUUGGUCCCACAUAUUUGUAUCUUAUAUCUAUGGAUGGACUGGCCCAGGCAAAAAUUUCUCAAAAAAAACUAUCAUUUUUUAACCUUUUAUCUGCUUUUUUGUUGCAUAUGAUGAGCUGGGGGAUGGUUUCAAGCAUCCACCAUCAGUUGUACUGCUAGUUUAAUUCAUGGUGAGGUUUGCUUUGUUUA